AUGGCAAGCUUUUCCAGACGUUCUCUUGAGUACGCCUUUCUUGAAGAAUGGCUGGUGGACUGCAAGCUCACCGGCGCCCCCGCAGAGGUCAUCCGACAGGCUGCCCGUCGCUGGUCGAAGGUUCGAGGGGAAAAGCUGGGACAGUUUCGCACGCCACGCUUGCUGCCAAGCAUGGAGUAUGAAACAACAGCGAAUUGCGCAGUCCAUGAGGGUUGCCACAGUGGUGCUGGUCUUGUUUGGAGGUUCAGAGGCAGGUGGGAGACAGAGACCACGUACAAGCUCCAUGUUUCUUAUGCAGAUGACCACAGUGGGGACGUGCGCACGAAGACUCGAAGUGCCAAAGCUUCUUCUCCGACCCUUUCAGUCCAAGACCACCAACAUGUCAUAGAAGCUGCAGAGUUUCUUCUUAUGCAUGGAAUGAAACCGACUCCCUCAGCUGUGGCUGUUAGGCUGAAAGCUGCUGGCCACGACCGUGUGGCGGACAAGCCCAUGCGGAGUGUCCUCCAGUGGCGGCACCGAAAUUUUGGCGACGCAACUUCUGAGUUCCUCCGAAGUGAAGAGCAAUUCGAGAGCUUUGCUUCGCAGUACAUGACGCGCAGACACGCAGACACGCAGACACGUGAGUUGCGCAUGUCCUCCCUCACGGUGUCGCGCUUUCAAGUCACAUGGUUGGACACCGAGACGGCGGUGACCGGCUUCCAGGCUCCUGCUGGCCAUCAUCCCACGCUGCUUUGGGGCGAACCGUUGCUGACGAACAUUGGAGACUUUGGCCUUCUCCUGACGGCGCCAGCCAUGAGUGCCGAGCUCUUCUCUGGUCGCCUGGGGGACGUCGGCACGCCCCAAGGGGAGACCUUUCAGGUGCCGCAGGCCACACGCUUCGCGCAGCUCGGGAGCGGCGCGCUGCUCCUGGCUUUUGAGGAGAUGCUGCGCCUGGGGCGACGAACCGAGGCCGACGUCCCUGAGCUUGCCUUGGGCCCGGUCGCGUCGCACGUGGGUGCCAACACGGCCGCCAGCGCGAAGCUGCGUGGGAUCUACCGGGAAGCUGUCGUCAUCCUGUCCGAUGGCAUUCUGCUCGCUGCAGACUACCAGUGCGAGGUGCACGACAGCACCCUGUUGCUGUUUGACACCACAAAGUGCCCAGGGCGUUUGGAGGCAUCGCGGUGCGGUCUCAGCUGCCACCAGGAUGCCGUGCCCGUGGACGGCAUGGCGCAGCCGACGGCCGUCUGCACAGCAGAGGUGCCCUGGGCCUGCGGACAAGGAGGUUGA